GUAUCAGGAAGUCUUGAGGAUUUAACUCAGUCUGUGUCUUUAACCGUCUGUCAUUAUUCAGUCAGUAUGGAGCUCAGUCAACUUCCUCUUGUGCUCUUGCUGAUAGUAAACAUCCGCUCUGGACACACUGAAGAAAGACCAAAGCCCAGAGUGACCAUUAAACCUGAUCAUCAUGUAUUCAGAGGAGAGACGGUCACUCUCAGAUGUGACAUUGAUGCUGAAGGAGUCACUAGCUGGCGGUACAACUGGUAUAAAGAAGGUUUAUUCAGUUUUUUCACUGAACUACAGGAACACACAUUCAGGUCUGUUUCUGAGUCUGACGCUGGUGAAUACUUCUGUUAUGGAACAGAGAAUAAAGGUUCACGCAGGUCAGAAAGAGGUGAUGAUGUUACACUGACAGUAUCAGAAAGACCAAAGCCCAGAGUGACCAUUAAACCUGAUCAUCAUGUAUUCAGAGGAGAGACAGUCACUCUCAGAUGUGACAUUGAUGCUGAAGGAGGCACUAGCUGGCGGUACAACUGGUAUAAAGAAGGUUUAUUCAGUUUUUUCACUGAACUACAGGAACACACAUUCAGGUCUGUUUCUGAGUCUGACGCUGGUAAAUACUCCUGUAAUGGAACAGCGUCUGAAGGAUCGCGCUGGUCAAACAUCAGUGAUGAAGUUACACUGACAGUAUCAGAUUCUCCCAAUCUGACUCUGACUGUUGAGCCACAGAGGCCAGUGUUCACUGGAGACUCAGUUACUCUGAGAUGUGUGCUGGAUCAGUCACGGGAUGGAUGGGAGUUUCUCUGGAGUAAAAACUCAAACACUGAAUCUACUGAAGCUGCAACUAAAACAAUCAAUCCUGUGAAAGUCUCUGAUGGAGGAGAGUACAGGUGCAGAGCACAAAGAGGAGGAUAUUACACAGAUUAUAGUGAACCUGUAGCAGUGACAAUAUAUGGCAAACCAAAGCCCAGAGUGACCAUUAAACCUGAUCAUCAUGUAUUCAGAGGAGAGACAGUCACUCUCAGAUGUGAUAUUGAUGCUGAAGGAGGCACUAGCUGGCGGUACAACUGGUAUAAAGAAAGUUCAUUUAGUGUUUUCAGUGAACUACAGGAACACACAUUCUGGUCUGUUUCUGAGUCUGACGCUGAUAAAUACUUCUGUUAUGGAACAGAGAAUAAAGGUUCACGCAGGUCAGAAAGAGGUGAUUACGUUUCACUGACAGUAUCAGAUCCCAAAGCAAUUUUAAGUGUUUGUCCUCAGAAGUGGUUGACUGAAGGAGAUCCAGUGACUCUGAUCUGUGAGGUUAACAGCUUCUCUACAGGCUGGACAUUCAGCUGGUUCACUGAAACUGGCUCAUCAGAUCUCAGCAAUCGGUAUCACCUCCUCUCAGACAGCAGCAGAGGAGCUGGAGGAAAAUACACGGUCAGUUCUGCUGCUCUAAAUCACACAGGAGUUUAUGUGUGCAGAGCAGAGAGAGAAAAGCCAGCCUAUAACACAAAAUACAGCAACACACAACUACUGUGGGUCACCGGUGUUUCUCCUCCAGUCUCUCUGAUCAUCAGUCCCAGCAGAACUCAACACUUCACAUCUGUCUCUCUCUCUCUGAGCUGUGAGGACCAGAGUAACUCUGAUGGAUGGAAAGUCAGAAGUUACACAGACAGCGGGUGGUUGCAAGAAUGUUCAUCAUCAGUGUUUGGAUCACAAACAGGAUCUACAUGUACAAUCAGAUCCACCAGCACAUGGGACACUGGAGUGUACUGGUGUCAGUCUGAAUCUGGAGAGAAAUAUCAUCCUGUUAAUAUCACUAUACACUCCGGUGUGAUUCUGGAGAGCCCUGUCGAUGCUGUGACUGAAGGAGAUAAUCUGACUCUACACUGUUCAUAUAUGAACAUAUCAAACCUCAGAGCUGAUUUCUAUAAAGAUGGAUCACUCAUCCAGAGUCAAACUACAGAGAUGAUCAUCUCUACUGUCUCACAGUCACAUGAGGGCUUCUACUCCUGCAAACACCCAGAGAGAGGAGAGUCGCCCAAGAGCUGGAUCUCAGUCAGAGGGUCUCGUUCAGACCUCUCUGUCCUCAAGAUACUCAGUUCUGUACUGGCAGCUUGUCCAUAUCUGCUAGUGACGGUCGUGCUGAUUUACAAAUGCUGCAGAAUGAGAGGUCAAACACCCCAGUGAUUUAUUAUCAUUAUAUUUAAUUGGCCGACAAAUCAGUCAAAAGAAUCAUUAUUAUUAUGUGAUGUCACGUUUGGCUUUGCUCACUGAGGGUUUGUUCUUUGUAAAGCUGCUUUAAAAACUGUCAAAACUGCUUUACAAAUACUUAAUUGUCAAAUUUGGUUAAAUUAAUGUACUUAAAAGAUGAUGAUGGUAGUUCAUAAAAGCAAGAAAAAGGAGUAAAUGCUGAGAUAUUUGAUCAGUGUAUUUAACAGUUACAUGAAGAGGAAGAAACUUUAAUCUGAUAUUAACUUGUUGUGAAGGUCAGAAAACUUCUAGAAUCUCUCAAUGUCUCUUUCACAAGCUCAGGCAGAUCAUUAUGACUGUAAAAGUCAUGUUUUAGGAGCGACAACUUCAAUCCCCUUUAUUGUUGUUGUUCUGAGUGUGAAUGACAUACAGGAGUCACUCCUGUUUUCCAAUGUCUGACAUUUGUCAUGUUACGGUUGUUAAAGUCAGCAUGAAUCAGCUUUCCCAACUCACUUAACUUCCACUGAUUCCAUUUCCAUUUGAUUUUAUCCACCAGGAAUUGAUUGUAAAAAGUAUGUUAAACUUUGGAAUAGCUAAGAAAAGGUAAAUUUUGAUUUCAUGUUGACUUUAACAAGGGACACAGAUGUUUUAAUCUUUUUGCUGUUUUUGACCAAUAAAAUAUUAUUGGUAAUAUGGACCAAACCCCCUUCAUUUAGCUUUAGCAUCACAAUACAUCCCCGUCCUCUCACAGCUUCAUUCCUGCAAUCUUAUUUUCCUCUUUUAAUAUCUAUAUAUUUUAUAUAAAUAACAAGGCAGUGACUGUUUAUUAAGUUUUGAAUGUCUUAUCUUACUCUCUAAAAAAUGGGUGGGUUAAAAACAAACCAAGUUGGGUUGAAAAUGGACAAAACCAGCGAUUGGGUUGUUUUGACCCAGUGGUUGGGUUAAAUGUUUGCCCAACAUGCUGGGUAGUUUUAACUCAACUAUUGUUUAGAAAUGACUAUAUGACUGACUUAUAAUGAAUCCAAAAUAGGUUUAAAAAUUAGACACAUAAUUACUAGAUAUUAUAGUAAUAUAGCCAUAUAGUAAUUUUAAACAAUAGUUUACCCAGCAUGUUGGGCAAACAUUUAACCCAACCACUGGGUUUGUCCAUUUUCAACCCAACUUGGGCUGUUUUUAACCCAGCAUUUUUCAAGUGUAAAUUACUGCUAUUUACCAGCAUAUUUCAGUAGCUUUUCAGUAUUCAUUUAUAAGUGAAAGUUUAAUAUUUUUAUUUUGUUCUGCUUUAUGUAAUACAGUGCAGUCCUUUACAAUGUUUGCAUGUUUCACAUUAUAACCACAUGAACACACUUUAAGCAUGUAUUGUAUUUGUAAGCAUAUUCCUUAUUUUAGUGUAGCUAUACGUCUCCUGACUUGUAUUGCUGCAAUGUUUCUUAUUUUAACUGUUUACUUUUUAAUAAAGAAACUUUUUAAAAGAU